AUGGAAAUGUUUAUGAAUGAUUCCUGCAUUAAGGAUGAGCCGUGGAAUGCACCCAUAGGAACCUUCGAUAAAUAUUAUAAGCUUUCCAGGAACUUCAUUGCAGAGCUUGUGCAUCUGGGGCCUAUUCUUGUGUCUGUAGUGGUUGAGCGGGAUAUCUCAAGAGCAUUAGUGAGAUCUAUCCUAGGUUUCAAGGAGUACAGAUUCUACAAUGGUCACAUUGAUGGGUGCCCGUACUUCUUUUCUGUUCGCAAUAGUCUUUCUAGAUACUUUGGGGACUGCAUAGAUGGCUGGAGGUAUUCAGAGGCCACAAGUGCCCGGAAGCCCUCCUUUAUGGGAAUGAUUAGCUCUCUGUUUUCCCUUGGGAGCUGGCCACUGAAAAACGAGUCUGGGGGGAGUAGAAAGGGAAUGUAUGAUACGAUAUCCAGUGGAAUGAUGGGAUGUCCCAAGAUGUUUUCCGUUGAAGAAAUAAUGGGGCGUAUGGCUGAAGUGAGGCCAGAGCAUGCUGGAGAAGUGGAUAAUGAGUUCUAUAGACAACCUGUUUAUGUCGAUUUGGUUACAGAGAGUGGUAGAAGGAUUCCUGAAAAAAUACUUGGAAGGAGACAAAUCAGCCCUGAAGACAACCUUGAUGUGUUUUCAGAUGAUCUAGAAGAUGCCAAAGCACCAUCGCAUUCUGGAGAGAAGAGACUACGACAUGCACUCCUUGGGUUUGUCUUCAAUGAGAUCGAGUAUUUUUGCCAAGUGAAUACAUUUUACCUGGAUGUUGUAACGAAGGUAUUGAAGGAGAAGACGGGGUUUGAAAACGUAUUCAAAGGGUUUUGCAAGGUUCAUAGUUUUGAAAAGAGAUUUAUAAGCUCUAUGAAAGACAUAGCCGAAGAAGCCGGAUUCGAAGUGGAUAGAGUUCUAUCUGAUCCUCAAUACUUUGCUUCAGAAAUGAAGGCCAGAGGCUUUCGAGAGAUUGAAAUGGAUGACAAAGAGAUUGUGGAAAGAGUUUUGGACUCGUUUGAGAGCAAUCUUGAUGGAUUCAGGUGUUAUGAAGAUAUGAUGCUAUCCCAUGAGGAAUCCAUUGAAUCCUUAAAGAAGGCUAAGGACUGUGCAGGUGUUCCAAGCCAUAGAGUGGUGGACGACUGCUUUUGCAACUGCUUGCAAAGGAUUGUGAGAUAUCCUAUUCUUAUUGACGACAUACUUCGGAAUCUUACAGACGAAAUACAUGUGAAGAGGGCAAAGAAAAUUUAUCUAGGAAUGAUAAGACUUAUUAAUAUAAUUGAUAAGAAAAAGGAGAGGCACGACAACAUCCUCUGUGGAUUAUUGAUCAAAGAGAAGGUUACUGGGAUACCAAAGGAUGUGUUAAAAAGGAAGAUGGACUUUCUUUCUCAAUUGAAUUGUGAAGAUUCAAACGGAGAGCCUGUCACGUUAUUUUUGUUCCAUGAGGUAAUGAUUAUUGCUGAUAGAGAGGGAUCCUCUGUACCCAUCCAGGAUCCUAGGUCGGGGAGAUACUUUUUCCGACACUCUUUAAUGAUGAGGGACAUAGGGAUUUGUGCAUUUGGGAUUUCCGGAGUAAAGAUAAUAGUAAAAGGAAGCUUGGAAGGGCGAGACGAUUUGUAUGAAAUGACAGAGAUUUACGACGAUGUUUGCAUUGGAGCAAUGUACUUUGCAAAAGGCUCCCCACAUUCUAUAAGAUGCUUUGUUGAGGAGUGCUAUAAAGCAAGGGCAAAGAUUGAGUCUGGAGCUGAAUUAUAUGUAUCAUCCACAAAUGUGUUUUUUAGGGUUUUCAGGAGUGAGAAGAUAGAAGAAGAGGACUGUUUUAGAAAGAGGGACUUGAUAGUAUAUACAAGCAAGGAGAAGUUUAAGGUGUCUGAAGACCCAAAUAGUGGAUAUCUCGAUGUGGAGAAUGGGGUUCUUAGGACAAAGAACCCGGAGAGUUCGGAGGAAUGCAUAAGAUACGGAGAGAGUAGACUGAAACACAAGCUUGCGGAUGCGGUGGGAAAUGCCAUCAGGGCCACAAAGGCACGCAUGGCAUCAAAGGACGUGCCUUGGAAAUCCCCUCAAUUAUUUGCAAUGUAUAGAAUAAAGCUUAAGGAGGUUGUGGAGGAGUGCGGGGACUCAUCAUUUACUGAAUUCAAUGGAAAACUUUCUAAGUGUGAUUCUGCCACCAUUACUAGGAAGAUUUGUGUGGCAAAAGGAAUUAUAAGAUACUUGUCUAGAUCCCUACCAUAUGUUGGAUGUAACAGACUCUCGAAAGAGCAGCUUCCUUUUGAUGCAGACCAGGAUGAUGGUAGGCUCAAGGAGAAUGAGAUCAUAGCCUUUCUAGAAAAUGCUUUGGAUAUAGAGGAGUUAGAGGAUUGGGUUUUUGAUGAGUAUACUGCUGAGGACAUCCUUUACUUAUUAAUGUAUUUUGUGCGCACAAAUAUGUACACGUUCUUUAGAAUAGAAGAUAUAGAAGUUCUGUAUAAGGCAUUACUUGUAGACAGAAUUUGCCUUCUAGGCACAAUCACCCCGCAGAUAAGCAAUCCUCUGCUUAUUACAUCUUUCUUUGAGAUCAUAAUCACGGCAAGAGAUAAGCUCCCUAUCACCCCGACGUUGAGGAUGUUUCUGGCCAUGCUCGGGCCGUUCAAGGUGGAUAAGUCAGAUGUGAUUGAGAUGCUGGAUAGAAUCCGUUGGUGA